GGUGUAUCCCGGCGUGCCCCGCGCGCCGCUUCCCGGCCUGCUCCGGCUCGGGGGCGCGAGCGGCGGCGAUGGCGCAGGGCCGGCCCAAGGCCUCGGCCAAGCGUCCUAAGGCGGCGGCGGCGGCAGCGGCGGCGGCCCGGGGGACUCGGGGCCCGCGGAAGGGAGGCCGCACCAUCGCCCCGAAGAAGCUCCGCGUGAUCCAACAGCAGAAGCUGAAGAAGCGCCUGGAGGUCGGGAUCCGGAUGCGGAUCGAGCGGGAGACCGUGCAGCGCGCCCAGGGCGGGCUCCCCAAAAAGCUGGCCCUGGUCACGGCGCCGACCCCCGCCAAAGACAAAGCCAAGAAGGGCCGCGGCUGAGCCCCCCCGGGGACCGUCCCCUGAACCCCCCCAGUGACCUUCGCGAGGCUCUGGGGAAGUCUGGGCUGUUCUCAAGCCCCCACCGCUUUUUAAUAAAAGGGAUUUGCGGGCGGCGUCCCGCACACACCCACAA